CCUGUCUGGACUCACGAAACACUGUCCAGUGUAUGGAGCAGCUGCCUACAACAACUUAAAAUGACACACCAAAGGGAACCAAGGAAUUGCUACAUUAAUAGUAAUGAUAGACCUGAUAUCAUUGCAUUUGAUGCACAAUCUGGUUGCGAUAUCGAAUUGGACAUUUCUGUGGCUCACCCAUGGGCACAACAGAUUCUUUCUCAAGCAGCUUUGGAAGAUGGUGCAGCUGCAUCCAAAAGAGAGCUUGAAAAGGCACAGAAAUAUGGUGGUGAGUGGAACAUGUGGGGUCGCACCUCUAACUGCAUUGCCUUGGUUUUCGAACAUUUUGGAAGAUGGGGACAAGAUGCUGUUGACUUUCUCAAUCGCUUGUCACACCAGUCAACAGAUGAAGAUGGAAGAUCAAAUGGCAGAGAGUUCAAGACGUACUGGCGUCGCUGUUUAUCAAUAGCUUUACAAAGAUGCAAUGCUAAUGUUUUAUGUAAAAAAUUAGGAAGAGUAGUACGAUCAAAGGACUCAACUGAACCGUGUUUUGCUAAUUAGAUAGAUUGAUAAAGUAGCCCAUUAUGGGCUCUUAGACUUUGUGAUUUUAGUUCUAAUUGUCUUAGACUGUAAUAGCGAUGAUGUGUGAAAAUAUAUGUAUUGACAGACAGACAGACAGACAGACAGACAGACAGACAGA